AUGCGUUGCGUUGCAGUCGUCGCACUGGUGUUGGCGAGUUUCUCGCGUGUGGCUUCAGCUGUGGAAUUUCGCAACCAAUGGCGCAAGCCCUCUGGCGGCAGCAUCGCGCAGAAGAGGGAUAUCCAAGUUCCUGGCACGACGGAUAAGCCGGCGGACGACAACUGGAUCGGCCGGUGGAAGGCGGACGACGGCGCGGACGUGGACGAUCUACAGACGGACCAUGCGGACGUGGAAGGCGUGCAAGUAAUGGAAGACGUGGAAGACGUGGACGUGGACGAGAGCACAGAUACGGGCGACACAACCUGGCAGGAGAACCACAUCGAUAGCUUCGUGUCCCGACACUAG